GUAGUAGGUACACAAAAUAUGAUGGAAAUGUCACAUUUGGUUCUAUUUAUUUGUGAAACAAAAAAAAUAAAUAAAGUUUUAAAUGAAAUACCUAUUGAAAAGUCUUAUAAUAAUAAUUUGCACUUCUCUAUUUUUUUGUGAAUUUUUUAUUUACUAUUUAGUAAUUAGUCAGUGCCAAUAUAAUGAUAAGAUUAAAGAAACGGAUAGGAGUAAAAAAAUCACGGCAAUGAUAAUUGCUGACACUCAUUUAUUGGGCCCGCAUAGGGGCCAUUGGUUUGAUAAGUUACGUAGAGAAUGGCAAAUGCACAGAUCCUUUCAAACAAGUAUUACGCUAUUCCAACCCGAAAUAGUUUUUAUUUUAGGCGAUUUGUUCGAUGAAGGAGAUUAUGUAAAGCAUGAUGAUUUUUAUGAAUAUGUUGAUCGAUUUCAUAGAUUAUUUUAUGUUCCUAGAGGUACCCGAAUAAUUGCGGUUCCUGGAAAUCAUGAUGUUGGAUUUCACUACAGAAUGCAUCCCUUCUUUACUGAUCGUUUUGAACAAACCUUUAAUAAUACAGGAGUUUCUUUAAUUAGUAUUAAGGAUGUACAUUUUGUUACGAUAAAUUCAAUGGCAAUGCAAAAUGACAGAUGUUACUUUUGUGAAAGUGCCAAAGAGGAACUUGAGAAAGUCACUAGAACCUUAGGAUGCUAUAAGGAACCUCAAAGUUGCGCCAGAAACACAUUUCGAAGAAAUAUAAAAUACAGUAGACCUAUACUGAUGCAACACUUUCCCACGUUUCGGGUUUCAGAUGAAGUCUGCUUAGAACACGAUUCAGAAAAAUUGGAACAGUAUAGGGAAAAUUGGGAAGUUUUAUCGAAAGAAUCAACACAACUUUUAGGAUCAGCUUUGAAUCCAAGAUUAGCAUUUGGGGGUCAUUCUCACCAUUCUUGUCGACUUAUAAAUUCAUUAGGAAUUGAAGAGUUCACAGUGGCUUCAUACAGUUGGAGAAACAAGAAUCAGCCGAGUUUUCUUUUGGCAACCUUUUCGCCAGUUGAAUAUGCAAUAUCAAUUUGUUAUCUACCUCAAGAAAAUACUAUCAUUACAAUCUAUAUAUGUGUUUUUUGCAUUUUUGGUUUAUUAAUUUUAAAAAAGUUAAGAAAAAUUUUUUUAAGGGAUUACAAGUCAUAUCAGAAAACUCAAUGAGUUAAUUAAAUUCAUUAAAAUUAAAUAUUUAAUGUUGAAAAUUUAUUUGCAAUGUUAUUUAAGAAUAAGAAUAUUUCAAAUAUAAAAUGAUUUUGCCGCAUAUAUUAUGUGCAUAAUAUGGGAAAAUAAAUUUAAAUUUCAUUUCC